AUGGCUAGCCUCGAGGAGAUCUUUGAAAAGAACAUCACCGAUGAUGCUGCGAAGGACGAGGUCUACCGGAUCAUGUACGGCGGACGGCUUAAGGCUCUUCAGCUGCCGUUCGACAGGUGUCCAGCCGGUGACUGCACCGCAAAGGUGGCCGGCUACGCUUUCAAACGCGCUAGCGAGCAACUUCGCGCGCCUAGAAUCGUUCGAAUUGGUGCGAUUCAGCACAAGAUAGCCGUCCCACCCAAUUUGCCAGUUAAGGACCAAAUUUCAGCGGCCCACAAGAAAAUCGGAGACCUGAUUGACGCUGCGGGCGCUUGCGGUGUGAAUGUGCUCUGCUUGCAGGAGGCGUGGACAAUGCCGUUCGCCUUUUGCACCAGAGAGCGUAUCCCCUGGUGUGAGUUUGCCGAGAGCGCGGAAUGCGGUCCGACGACCAAGUUCCUCUCAGAUUAUGCGAGGAAGUACGCGAUGGUAAUCGUGUCUCCAAUCCUGGAACGAGAUCAUGAGUUCGGAGAAGUGAUUUGGAAUACAGCUGUUGUAAUCGAUCAAAAUGGGGAGUUCUUGGGAAAGUCGCGAAAAAACCAUAUUCCUAGAGUUGGAGAUUUUAAUGAGUCAACUUAUUACAUGGAAAGCAACCUCGGCCAUCCGGUGUUUGAUACAAUCUAUGGUAAAAUUGCAAUAAACAUUUGCUAUGGUCGACACCACCCACAGAACUGGAUGAUGUACGGAUUGAAUGGCGCCGAGAUUGUGUUUAACCCGAGCGCAACCGUCGAUGGCCUAAGUGAAUCUCUGUGGCCGAUUGAAGCACGUAAUGCUGCUAUCGCAAACAGCUAUUUUACAGUUGCUAUCAAUCGCGUUGGCGCGGAGGAAUUCCCGAACGAGUUCACAAGCGGAGACGGCAAGCCAGCUCACAAGGCCUUUGGACACUUCUUCGGCUCGUCAUACGUCACUGGUCCUGACGGUGUUCGAACUCCCGGCCUUGAUCGUGUUUCCGAUGGCUUGCUGGUUGCUGAGGUCGACCUGAAUCUGUGUCGCCAAGUUCGUGAUCACUGGGGCUUCAGGGUGAGAUUUUUUCACAUUCUUCUGACGCAGCGAAUCGACCUGUACGCCAAAAGCCUCAGAAGGUAUGCGCUUAAGGCAGGCUACGACGUCUCCGAUUGA